AUGGCGCUUACUUGGACUCAUAAAGAAGGAGAAAUAAGGGUUCACGAGAAUACGGAGGAACUUAGCACUGGCGUGGUAGAUAUUAUAGCUGAGAUAUCAGAAGCAUCUAUUCUAAAACACGGUGCUUUCUGCAUUGUUUUAUCAGGAGGCUCUCUCAUUAGCUUGAUGGGAAAAUUGAUCGAGUCGCUUUACAACAAAAUUAUAGAUUGGGAUAAAUGGUAUGUUUUUGGGCGGAAGAGCGUGCGGUAGGUAAAAAGCCUUGACGAUAGCAACUACAAGCUCGCCAGGGAUCAUCUUCUAAGUCAGGUUAAUGUGUUUCCGAGGCAUAUAUAUUCCAUUAACGACAGGGUAUCAGUCGACAAAGCUGCAACAGAGUAUGAGUUCUCCAUCAGACAGAUGGUGAAAAAGCGAACUGUGACUCCAUCUGAGAACAGUGAAUGUCCCAAGUUUGAUCUGAUCUUACUAGGGAUGGAAAUAGCCUCGCUCUUCCCCAACCACCCAGCACUCGAGGUGAAAGACGAUGAGAGAAUCACAUUUACUUUGCCAGUCGUUAACUCAGCUGCUAACGUCGCUAUAGUGGCAACCGGCGCAUCCAAAGCCAAUGCUAUCCACUUGGCAAUCGAUGACUUGCCAUUACAAGACAGCUCUUUGUCUCUGCCUGCACGUCUGGUCCAGCCGAGCAACAGGAAUCUGGUGUGGUUUAUGGAUAAACCAGCAGGAUCUAAACUUGACGGGUUUAAAUCUCUCCGAAUAGAAUUUAGACCAUCUUCUUGUUCCAAAAGCUAA